AGCCCUCCCUUCCCACGCCCCAGUGCGCUGUGGGAUAGUGGCACUAUAAAGUAUAUCCUCUCUCGGAGAAAGAUAAGAAGCCCGAGACAGGAGGGGGAUGAAGAUGGCGGACGCCAAGCAGAAGAGGAAUGAGCAGUUAAAGCGAUGGCUGGGCUCGGAAACGGACCAGGAGCCUCCUGUUCUGAAAAAGAAGAAGACGAAGGUGAAGUUCGAUGAUGGCGCCGUGUUUCUGGCCGCUUGCUCAAGCGGCGAUACCGAGGAGGUGCUCCGAAUGCUUGACCGGGGCGCUGACAUCAACUACGCCAAUGUAGACGGUCUCACCGCCCUCCACCAGGCAUGUAUAGAUGACAAUGUUGACAUGGUGACUUUCCUGGUGGAGCAUGGAGCCAGCAUCAACCAGCCUGACAAUGAGGGCUGGAUCCCCCUCCAUGCUGCAGCCUCCUGUGGAUACCUAGACAUAGCAGAGUAUCUCAUAAGCCAGGGUGCCAGUGUAGGAGUUGUGAACAGUGAGGGCGAGACACCUCUGGACAUUGCUGAAGAGGAGGCAAUGGAGGAGCUCCUGCAGAAUGAGAUCAACAGACAAGGGGUGGACAUCGAGGCAGCCCGGAAGGAGGAGGAGCGGGUCAUGCUGAGGGACGCCCGGCAGUGGCUCAACAGCGGCCAGAUCCAAGACAGCCGGCACACAAAGUCUGGCGGAACGGCACUCCAUGUAGCUGCUGCGAAAGGAUACGUCGAGGUUUUAAAGCUUUUAAUCCAAACAGGGUAUGAUGUAAAUAUUAAAGACUAUGAUGGCUGGACUCCUCUCGCGGCAGCACACUGGGGCAAAGAGGAGGCAUGUAGGAUACUGGUGGAGAAUCAAUGUGAUAUGGACCUCAUUAAUAAAAUGGGCCAGACAGCUCUUGAUGUAGCAGACGAAGAUGUUCUGGGACACUUAGAAGAACUACAAAAGAAACAAAAUCUGCUGAUAGGUGAGAAGACAUCUCCUUUGAUUGUAACCACAACAACCACUGGGGAUAACAACCAACCACUGAAACCAAUCAAGAGCAAAGAAACGUUGCUUCUGGAGCCAGAAAAGAGCGCCCCGUGCAUUGAGACCAUAGAACCAGAGAAGGUGGAUGAAGUAGAGGAGGGCAAGAAGGACGAAUCGAGCUGCUCCAGUGAGGAAGAGGACGACGAAGAUUCAGAGUCAGAGACUGAAGCAGACAAGAGCAAGCCUUCAGCAUCGGUGAGCAACAGCACGACGCCAGCCCCAACCAGCAUCGCCGUGUCACCUCCAAGUAGCCCAACCAACCAGGUGACAACCCCUACUUCACCGGUUAAGAAGGCCAUUCAGCCUGCUGGAAAGGUCUCAACUAAAGUGGACGAGGAUAGGAAGGACGAGGAUAGGAAGGACGAGUCUCCAGCGUCGUGGCGGCUGGGUUUGAGGAAGACGGGCAGUUACGGGGCGCUAGCGGAGAUCACAGCCACCAAGGAAGCUCAGAGGGAGAAGGACACGACUGGGGUUAUGCGCUCAGCCUCGAGCCCUCGCCUCUCCUCUUCUCUAGACAACAAAGACAAAGAGAAGGAAAAGGAUAAAGGAACUCGACUUGCCUACGUGGCCCCCACCAUCCCCAGGAGACUUCCCAGCACUUCAGACAUUGAUGAGAAGGAAAACAGGGACUCUACUGCUCUGAUACGUAGUGGCUCAUACACCCGGCGACGCUGGGAUGACGACCUGAAGAACAGCGAAGGAAGCGCCUCCACCAACCGACCCCCCAGCUACCAGCGCAGCACGUCCCACACGCUAGCACUAGGGCGGAGCAGCAGCACGCGGGACGUGCCAGCCAAGUCUUCGUCCACCUCCAGCUUGGACCCUAACACCUGUAAUACUAAACCCUGGCAGCCACCCACCUCCCACUACCAGUCUUACAGCAUUUACCGCAGCGGCUCUUUUGGCCGAAGACACGAGGACUUGAGUUCCUCGAGUACCUCCCCCCCCACGACCACCACCACCUCCUCAUCUGUUACCUCGCCCACAGGCCAUCGCGGCCUGCUCUCCAGGUACUGGUCAGAGGAGAGUGCAGAGAGGGAAAAGGAGAAGGAGAAGGAGUCUGCUGCGGUCAUCCCCACUAUGAACACUGGCUCUACUACGACCACCACUUCGACCACUACCACCACCGCCAUAUCUACUACUACCACCACUGGCAUUGGCUCUGAAAGACGCAGGUCAUACCUGACACCAGUGCGAGACGAGGAGUCAGAGUCCCAGAGGAAAGCUCGCUCUAGACAGGCUCGGCAGUCAAGAAGAUCCACCCAGGGUGUGACACUGACUGACCUGCAAGAGGCUGAAAAGACAAUCGGCCGGAGUCGUCCCCAAAAGACCCGAGAGGAGGAGAAGGAGGAGAAAGAGAAGCAGGACAAGGAAAAGCAGCAGGAGGAGAAGAAGGAGACGGAGACCAAGGAAGACGAUUACCGAUCGAAGUACCGCAGCUUCGAAGAGCGCUACCGGCCCUCGUCUUCCUCCUCUACCUCCGCCAUUUCCACAGUCAGCACCGGCUCCAUCCCGUACUCCAGCACCGCAUUGUCCUCCAGUUCCAGCUCCCUCAACAGGCCUAACAGUCUGACGGGGAUCACCUCCUCCUACAGCCGCUCCUCCAGAGACACGGAAAAAGAAAUGGACAAAAAGGAGGAGGAGAAGGAAGGGGAGGACAAGUCUCAGCCCCGCUCCAUACGGGAUCGCAGGCGGCCCCGCGAGAAGAGACGCUCCACUGGAGUCUCCUUCUGGACCCAGGAUGGUGAUGAAAAUGACCCUGACCAGCAGUCCGACUCAGAGGAGGGCAGCACCAAGGGAGAGCCACAGAGUGACAGAUUGUCCAGGAAUGAGAGCAGCUCUUCAUCCAUAGAUCGCAAUGACACUCUUUUUAGCCGUGGCUAUGGCGAGAGUCGGAGGACCUACUCGAGCCGACUGGAUAGGGACGACACCACUGACUAUAAGAAGCUUUACGAGCAGAUCUUAGCUGAGAACGAGAAGUUGAAGGCCCAGUUACGUGACACGGACCUGGAGCUGGCAGACUUGAAGCUACAACUAGAGAAGGCCACACAGAGGCAGGAACGCUAUGCCGACCGAUCACAGCUUGAGAUGGAGAAAAGGGAAAGAAGAGCUCUAGAAAGGAAGAUUUCUGAGAUGGAGGAGGAACUUAAGAUGCUCCCAGACUUGAAAGCAGACAACCAGAGACUAAAGGACGAGAACGGAGCACUCAUUCGAGUCAUUAGCAAGCUUUCCAAGUAGAACAGCCCCCCCCCUCACCCCUCACCCCUCCCCCCCGCCACCCCAUCUUCUGCACCCCGUAGUCCCCCACGGCAGUGACUAAUGGAAUUGCACAUUUAGAUAUUAAUUGCAACAGACAUCAGAGACAAGACUCCUUUUUUUUUUUUUUUUUUUUUUUUUUUUUUUUUUUUUUCUUUAUCUCCUCCCAGCUCUUUAUCUCCCCCUUUUUGCUCCUCCACCACCACAGCAUCCAUCCAUCCAUCAAUCUAUCUACCCCCCUGCGCCACCUCUACGACUAUUAUCCACUUGAUUGUGUGGUUGCUGUCCUGAUAGAACCACUUGAGUUUACAGAGCAAACGGAAGGAAGGGUUGUGUGAUGAGCAUGUAAAAGCAUUGUGGGCAGAGAAAGCCUGAAAACUAUUUAACCAAUAAGCCUUAGUUGUACAUAAAGAGAAAAAGAAAAAACACUUACAGCGAUCUCUCUCU